GUGAACAUCUGACAUAGGCUAAAACAGCCAUUAUUUUUCCCAUUUUGUAGUGUAGUGGCGUAGUAGUAAGACACUUGAUUGUCAGCCCAGGGUCACAGGGUUUCCUGAAUGUCACAUUUAUUAAACGAGAUGAGCACAUAAAGAUCACUUUGUUGCAUGGAUCGUUACCUCUUAAGGCAAUGGCUGGCUCAGAUUCUGUCACAACUGUGUAUGUAGGAAAUUUAAAGACCAGUGCAAGAAUUAUAGAGCUAAAAUCAAAUCUACUGAGGUUGAUAAGUAAACUGUUGAAGGUUUCCAUAACUUCAAGUGAUAUCAGCAUUGUAAAUGGAUCCAAACGGUACGCUAUUAUUGACGUGCACAAUGAGCAGAAUGUGGAAUUUAUACUUCAAAACUUGGCGGAUCAUGCAGACAGACGUAAAUUAAACUUCAAUUUCGAGACUAUAGUUCAACCUGAUAACUACCUCCAUGUUGAUACCCUGAAAUCUCAAGAUGAGAAGCAAGCAAGGGAUGAUUUCGAAAAUGCCAAAAAUCCUCUACGUCCAUUUCAAAAACCUCACCUGCAUGUCCGAAAAAGACCGGACUAUGGUAGAGUUAUACCGCUUAAGUCAAUGACCCCAGGCCACACUGGGCGGAGUUCAAGACAAAGUUCAGACACUCAGCGCAGCAGGAACCCACCGUCAGAGCCUCCGACAGAUCUAGAUGUGACGCUGGAUGAUUAUCCGGUUGACAGAGACAGGAGCCCUCAUGGAAAGAAUGUCGGGGAAGCUAUUAACAGAGAGAUCAACAUGGUUCCAUUGGAUGACUCAACUCUGAAGGAUGACAGUGAUGACUCAGGAACGCAGGUCGACCUUGUACACAAUCGGACGAUAUCAUCCAUACAUGGGGAGGGAGACGAUGAACAAUCAGAAAACUCAGAGUAUGAGGAUCCACCUGGAUCCGUUAUCGACCUGCGACACGUGAGCCGGGCAUCAAUGAAGGGGAAGAUAACUCCCAGGAUUCAUAGACGUGUCCAGAAACAGUCAGCGCGUGAAACGUCUUCAGUGAGCAGAAAAGAUUUCUUUGCUUUCCUGGAUGCUCAAAUAGCUGGAAAUGAUACCGGUCAUUCAAAGACCCAUGAUGGGAAUACACAUGUGGAUGAAGAGUCUGGUACCCCGUACUAUAAGCCAGGGGAGGUUGUAUACAACCAUGAUCUCAGUAAGGAAUUUAAGGCGUAUUUAGAUGGGAAAUACACACUCAAGAAGAUACACGACCACGUGGCACGGUGUGUGUGCGGCUUCAUGAACUCACGGGAGAGAGGCAUGUUGCUCAUCGGUGUAGAUCGGCGAGGCCAUGUAGUUGGAAUAGACUGUGAUACAAAACAAGAGGAACGAUAUCGCCGCCAUUUUCUUGAAGCAAUAAAGGAGAUUUUUCCUCCAGUAUUUGGUGAAGAGUAUUCCAUACACUUUGCACCGCUCCUCGAGGAAAAUGGACGCCAACAUCCAAGCCUGAAGGUGAUAGAGAUCCGAGUGUUUCCCCCCGAGUCUCAGGAGCUCCUUUACGAGUGCAGUGAGGGCGUGUUUGUUAGGAGAAAUGGGAGCCUAACAGGGCCAAUCAAAGCAAGCCACAUACAGGAGUGGAUCAAGCAGAAGCACAUGGAAACGUUUGACCGCUACGAGUCGAAGGAGCAGUUUCUUAAGAAUGAGAACGAGAAGAAAGAUGACAUGAUCCGACGGCAGGCCGACACCAUCAUGGCACAGAGGAGCCAAAUUGAGAGUCAGAAACAGGUAAUAGAAGGAGGCAAGUCAUGUACAAUUUUGUGAUGAAAAGGAUGAAACACUACUGUCCAAUGAAACUACUGGAAACAAGCUGUGAUAGUGUAGUCGUAGCGGCCACAGUUUGCAUGAAAGAACAUGAACUUGAGUAAUAGGAAUAUCAAAUAAUAAGAUGACCAAAAUAACUCAGGCAGUACUUUUGUGUCGUUGACAUUUAUCAAAGUAUCAUACCUACAUGUUGGUACACAUAAGGUGCAGUUGGCAGUAAUUUUAAAUGUUGAUGCCUGGCAACACCACACUAUCAUUUGAAAGGUUAUUCUGUACUGAUACUAAUCAUGUUACAUAUAUGACCAAAAGAAUAUUAUAGAUAAGGUAAAUGCAAUUUUGUGAUUUAUUUCAACUGGAAUUUAACAUGAAAUUACCAAUUUUAAAAUCUUAAAAGGGCCAAAACACUUUUAAUGAGAUGUUUAUCUUGGUAUGAAUAUUCUUGUUUCUCUACUCAUGAAACUACUUUGAAUGACACCUACAUAAUGUUAGGUAGAUGGGCAUCCUAAAUUAUUAUAUUUGUACAUAAAGAUACCCUAACAUCCCCAUAAUUUGCUGCUUAUGACUAAUUUGAUAUGUGUUUAUGUAUAUCUAUCUAUUCAUCAUGGGUGGAUUGUAUUAUUUAUUUCAACAUUUACUCAACACAGCAUAAUAUCAAUAUUUAAUGUGCAUUAAGUCUGAUCAUGCAUUCAGUCUGAUCAUGCAUUCAGUAUGUUCAUGCGUUCAGUCUGAUCAGGCAUUCAGUCUGAUCAUGCAUUCAGUAUGUGCAUGCAUUCAGUAUGUUCAUGCAUUCAAUCUGAUUAUGCAUUCAGUAUGUGCAUGCAUUAAGUAUGUUCAUGCAUUCAAUCUGAUCAUGCAUUCAGUAUGUGCAUGCAUUAAGUAUGUUCAUGCAUUCAAUCUGAUCAUGCAUUCAGUAUGUGCAUGCAUUCAGUCUGAUUAUUUAUUAUAAUGUGACUUCACAAAUGUGAAUCAUUUUUUGUGUAAAAAGCAUAAAAGUUAUACAUAUAAAUCCAUUUUUUUAAUUGUUGAGAUUUUUGUUUUAUGUAUUUUAUCUUAUGCAUCUGUUUUAAGCUAGUUGGAUGAUACCAUUGAUGAUACUUGUAUAGUUGACAUUUUAGCUGGUCUGUUUUUGGAAGAAAAGGGCCAAGGACUAUUGUGAAAGCCUUUGGUUCGAGAUAGCGACUUAGCGUUUAAUAUUUCCAAUUCUACAAAGUUUCUACCAAGGAUUUUUUUUGUGGCUAUAAAAAUUGCUUUAAUUACUUACAAUCAUUUUUUUUUGUUGCAUGCAAAGCUUAUGUGAUUUAUUUUGUACCGGGUAUUUGUUUUUGUUAGAUUUACCUAUAUAUUGUUAUAAAUAUUUACAUAUAUACAAAAUAUGACAAAUGUACAAUGUAGCCAUUGUGUUAAUUCUUUUGUGCCAAUAUCUGCUAUUCAAACAUGUUUUGUAAUAAAAGUGUUGAUUUUG